AUGAGUUAUGAGAAAGCUUGGAGAUGUAGAGAGAAGGCAGUUAUGUACAAGAGGGGUACUCCAGCAGAAUCUUAUAGGAAAUUAUAUGGUUACUUCUACAUGCUGGAACAGAAGAAUCCAGGCACUAUUACUGACAUUGUCAGCAAGGAUAACCGGUUCAAGUACUGUUUCUGGUCACUCGAUGCUUGUAGGAAGGGAUUUAAGUUUUUUCGUCCUGUGAUUAGUAUCGACGGAACAUUCUUGAAGACGAAGUAUGGAGGAACACUGUUAGUUGCUGUUGCGUACGAUGCAAACAACCAAUUGUUUCCGGUAGCCUUUGCAAUUGUUGACAGUGAGAAUCAUGACUCUUGGAAGUAUUUCUUGCGGAAGUUGAAGGAAGCCAUUGGUGAGGUUGAAAAUCUUAUGUUCAUAUCGGAUAGGCAUCAAAUCAUUGAACAUGCUGUUGAUGUUGUUUUCCCAGAAGCAUGCCACUGUGCAUGCUUCAAGCAUAUUACUAUGAAUGUCGUUCACAAGUUUAAGAUUGAUGUAUGCAACAAGAAAAUAUGGCUUGCACCUUACGCAUGGAACAAGACGGAAUGUGAUAGGCAUUUUGAGGUGCUGAAACAGAUGGACCCUGCCAUUGCUACAUACGUUGAGCAAAUAGGGUUUGAAAAGUGGGCUCGUCCUUAUUGUCCAGGCGAUCGGUUCACACUUCAAAAUUGGUUUGCUUCUCGUCUCGAGAAGGCUAGUAAGUGCGCUACUCCUUUGGCUACUACUUUUGAAAAUGAUUUAAAGGAUCAACAUAAAGAUGGUAUGUUCAGGAGUGUCCUUUGUAAUGGUGCCCAAUUGUUCAACGUUGGUACGAGUCCUCAAGCAGUUAGUCAGAAUGUGAGCGUGUACACACUUUGCUCUCCAUAUUACACUAAAGAAACGUGGAAGAAGAUCUACGAUGCCACAAUUAAUCUUGUUGGCGAGGAGGAUGAGUGGGUACUACCGGAACAUAUCAAGAACAUAAGAAUCGGGGUACCAGUGGAGAAAAAACCAGUAGGUCGGCCUAGGAAGAGCAAUGCAGGUAGAAGACUGACGAAGCGUCGACCAUCUAGUGGUCAGGUGGUAGUGGAACCUCGUCAUUGUUCGCUAUGUCACGGUUCAGAGCACAACAGAGCUACAUGCAAAGCUCGAGUUUGA